GUGUACUUACAUGACAUUGUUGAAUACAUUUUAUAAUUUGGGAGAAACUUGGACGUUUUCGGUCGCUAUUGGAAUGAUAGAUUUCCUAACGUUUAAACAAUGUUCUUUAGAUCACCAGAAUAGUUGCUCUACAACAAAUCUAAAAAACAUGUGUAAAACAAUUGGAGGUGAUUGUGUUGUUAUAGUGAACGGGUAUUAUGUAGAAAUGGCUGUGUGCACCAUAGUCGGAAUCAUUUGGUUUUCUAUUUUCAGAAAGAUCCUUAAAAAAGUUCAAUCUAAGGGCCCUUCUAAUUGGUUGGUCGAUAUAAAGAGACCAAUAAAAUGA